CCUUGAUCCAAUACUGUACAAAUAACCGAUAAAUAGAGCUGAACGCCCGCUACCACCAUCGUUGCCACUUCCAUCCCUACCACCACCCCAUUUGCUUUUGCUAUCUUCCGCCCGGGGAUAGAUACCUUUCAACCAUUCAUCCGUCAUGUCAGACGAGCACACCUUCCCCGAGAACGACCCCGUAUCUGCUGACGACGGCCCUGAGCUACUGGACAGCUGGCGGCUUGACAUCCAGCGGUUGGCGGUUGACAAGGACUGGGAAGAAGCGCGCCAGGGCAUAGACGACUGGUGGGGGAUGAUGCGUCAGGGUCGGCCCGGAAACCCCUGGGCGGCCCUGGGUGGGGUAUUCGUCCGCGGGGGCCGCGCGCGCUUCGUCUUCGCCAGUGGCGCGGGCAAGCCGGCCCUCUUCAAGGUUUUCAUAGAGCGCAACCACCAGCUCGACUUGGACGGCCAGCUCGAGUUCGACUUUGCGCUCCCCGAGGAUCGGGAAAAGUACAAGGUGGCGGUCGAUGUCAUGAUUUGCUUGCUCGGGGGGUUCGACGACUCGUGGACGUCCCACCGGGAGGCGUUGCUUGCCCUGCCAUUCGAGGAGUUUUAG